CAGCCGUGCUUUCUGAUUGGCUGAGGGGUCCGCGGCCGUUGGGGCGGGAAAAGGCGGUGAAGGGCUCGAGGCCGUGGUGGGACUUGGGUUUUCCUCAGCCGUAAGGCGAGGACAAGCACACAGAAGGGGACGAGGAACCCAGGGUGUGGCAGAAGAUUCUGGAGAGAAGCUAAGCGGGACGGUUUAUGGAUCCAGUGAGCCGUCCGGGUGCCCAAAAAGGCUUCUGAAAAUGGACAGACCUGUGCGGCCUAGCUUGGCCUCCCUCAGCGACUUUCAGUUUGGAGCUGUGACCACUGAGACGAUCGAAGACGCUCUGCUCCACUUGGCCCAGCAGAACGAGCAAGCCGUGCGGGACGCUGCCGGCCGGCCGGGCAGCUUCAGGGAGACCCGGAUCGUGGAAUUUGUUUUUCUCCUGUCUGAACAAUGGUGUCUGGAGAAAUCUGUGAGCUACCAGGCUGUAGAAAUCCUAGAAAGGUUUAUGGUCAAGCAGGCAGAGAAUAUUUGCAGGCAAGCCACAAUCCAGCUGAGAGAUAAGACAGAGCCUCAGAAUUGGAGGGCUCUGAAAGAACAACUUUUCAACAAGUUUAUCCUGCGUCUUGUGUCAUGUGUUCAGCUGGCAAGCAAACUUUCCUUCCAUUACAAAAUAAUCGGCAACGUUACAGUCCUGAACUUCCUCCAGGCUUUAGGGUAUCUACACACUAAAGAAGAACUGCUGGAGUCAGAACUUGAUGUUUUGAAGUCCCUAAACUUCCAAAUCAAUCUGCCUACUCCUCUGGCAUAUGUAGAGAUGCUCCUGGAGGUUUUAGGAUACAAUGGCUGUUUGGUCCCAGCCACACAGCUGCAUGCAACCUGCCUGACCCUACUUGAUCUAGUCUAUCUUCUACAUGAACCCGUAUAUGAGAACCUGCUGAGAGCUUCAAUUGAGAACUCCACACCCAGUCAGCUGCAAGGGGAAAAGUUUAUUUCAGUGAAGGAAGACUUCAUGCUGUUGGCAGUAGCAAUCAUUGCAGCAAGUGCUUUCAUCCAAAACCAUGAGUGUUGGAGCCAGGUUCUAGGGCAUUUGCACAGCAUCACUGGCAUUGCCUUGGAGAGCAUUGCUGAGUUCUCUUAUGCAAUCCUGACUCACAGCGUGGGAGCCAACACUCCAGGGCAACAGAAGCCUGUUCCUCCCCACCUGGUAGCCAGAACGCUGAGGGCUGCUGCUUCCUCCAACUCAUGAGGCAGGCUGAAUCUGCCAAAUGUAAACAGCCUUCCAUCAAUGCACUCAUCCCUCCCUUUAUUUACUUUCAUACUCAGGGUACAAAAGUCCCAAGUAUCUUUUGAACUGUGUUUUGUAUUUCAAAUUCAUGCCUAUUUUCCUGCAUCAGAAAAGAGUUAAGGUAGACAAGAAUGUCCUUUUUGUAGUAGCAGACUGAAAAGGUCAAAGAGCUGGGAGGAGUAUUAGUAAAGUUGGUUCAUUUUUGUUUAACAUGAUAUUUAAUGGCUUUUCUUCAACCGUUUAUUUCACUGAUAGAGAGGUGAGACCUCAAGAUUAGUAUUAACGAGGGGCUCAAAAACCAAGACCAUCUGGGUGACCCUGACUGAGCAUUAUGGAGGCAGCCUUUAUUUCCCCUUAAAAGUUAAUUUAACAUCUCUCGUCUGUUAUUGAGAUCUAUACACAUAGGGCUUCCUCUCUAAAUAGGGCUCUCUAUUUUCACCAGUCUUUUUUAAAACAAAAACAAAAACUAACCUAUCACUAAACAUGUUUCCACAUACCUGCACUCGAAUUCAAUUCUCCCAGAAUAUAAAGUACUCUAUUUUAGUUAAAGAAAAACUGAACAGUGCACCUCUGGGCAGUUAUCAGACUGCAGUAAAUAUUUUAUUACAAAUAAUUAAAUCUCUCCAUAAUGUCUCAAACAGUAUUAAACACCAUUUCAUAUCUCUAAUACAGAGCAGAGUAGGCAUUCAGUACUAGAACCGAGGGAAGAGAAGUGUUAAAUUUCAAGCUUAUGAUCACAUCACAUGGUGACCAAAGCUUAUAUGUCAUUUUCUCACGUUAUCCAACUGUGUGUCUCAUGCAUUUCGUUGUCUCAGUGGAGACAAAGUUUCUAUUUCAUAUUCUAAGUUCAGGAAGUUGAGAGAAAUAAAAUCCAGUGAAAACACAUCAAUCUCAAUUCAACUCAGUUAAAACAAAAGCAAACUUAAAUUAGUUGUUUCCAGGGGGAGAGGAAAAGGAAGGCAUAGGGUUAAGAGUCAAAACUAUGACCAAGGCUAGUAGCUAUAUGUGGCAUGUUGUAGCUCUGGAAACUAUCUGUCAUAUGAUAUUUUAAAAUAAAGUGGCUUUUGUGGA